UUGACAUUGAAUAUACUAUAACUAAGAAAAAAAAUUAAUUAUAAUAAAAUUUAAUAAAGAAAUGUUUAAGAAAUCUAUAAUAUUCUUUAUAUUUUAUAUUAAUAUAAGUGUUAUAUUAUCAUAUGAAAUAAUUUCAAUUAGUGGUGAUGAUUUUAAUGAUUUAAAUAGUAUUGAUGAUUUCCUACCGGAUAAAUUAGAAUCAUAUUUCAAUUUGAAGAAACCAAUUGAUCCGGAAAUUUUAGAAGAUUCAUUAUUACAAGUUCCUGAAUUAAUCAAAAAAUAUGGAAGACCAUCAGAAGUACAUAAAGUUGAAACGGUAGAUGGUUAUAUUCUAACAAUGCAUCGAAUGCCUAGACCUGGAGCAAAACCAGUAUUUUUAAUGCAUGGUCUUUUGGAUUCUUCUAGUACAUGGGUAAUGAUGGGGCCUGAUAGAGGAUUCGCUUAUAUGCUUUAUGAUCUUGGUUAUGAUGUUUGGAUGGGUAACGCAAGAGGUAAUCAUUAUUCAAGGGAACAUCGUUCAAUUAGUCCAGAUAAAAGUAAAUUUUGGCAAUUUUCAUUUCAUGAAAUCGGAGUAUAUGAUUUACCAGCUAUGAUCGAUUAUGUUUUAAAAAAUACAACAAGAGAGAAAUUACAAUAUAUUGGACAUUCACAAGGUACAAUAACAUUUUGGAUUAUGUGCAGUGAAAAGCCGGAAUAUGCAUCAAAAAUAAUUUCAAUGAAUGCAUUAGCUCCAGUUGCUUAUGUAUCUCAUAUACGAAGUCCCAUAGUGCAAGUUAUAACAUUUUUAAUGAAAAAUUUUGCACGCCUGAUUAGUUGGAUUGGUCCAGAUGAAUUCUUACCAAAUAGUGAUUUCUUAGCUAUGGUUAGUCGAGUAUUUUGUAAAGAUGGUGCUUUAACACAAGAUAUCUGUUCGAAUAUAAUAUUUGCAAUAUGCGGUUAUAAUGAACACCAAAUGAAUAAGACAAUGAUGCCAGUUAUGAUUGGACAUACACCAGCUGGUGCUUCAACUAAACAAAUAAUACAUUUUUCACAAUUAAAUCGUUCCGGGAAAUUCCGUCAAUAUGAUUAUGGAUAUAUUCAAAAUUUUAUGAAAUAUGGUAGUUUAAAUCCACCAGAAUAUAGAUUAGAAAAUGUUCGAACAAAAGUUGCUUUACAUUAUUCAACAAAUGAUUGGUUAGCAGAUCCAAGAGAUAUUGAAAAAUUACAUCAAAAUUUACCGAUGCGUAUUGGAAAAUUUUUAGUUGAUGAUGUAGAUUUUAGUCAUUUAGAUUUUGUAUGGGGAAUUGAUGCAAGACCAUAUUGCUAUGAAAGAGUUGUUACUUUAAUGAAAUUAGUUGAAGAUGGAAUACUUUAAAUUCAAAAUUUGCUGUGACAUUAUAUUUAUUGUUUUAGAUGAAUUUGAAAAAAAAAAAAAAACAUUAAACUAGAUAAAAUAAAUUAAA